AUGGGCCCGCUUCCGAAGAGAGACGAGGAAGGCAAGCAGCAGGAGGCCAGCCUGAUUGCUUCGAUUCCACCAACCCUGGGGCGGCCAGAGUGGAGCCAGAGCGUUGACUUCGUGUCCUUGAAUGGACGAUCCUCAAGUGCUGGACGAUGCCUUGGCGAAUUUCAGGACAUGGCUCACUGCCUCAGAAAAGCGUCGAGCAGCUCCGAGAAGCUCCUUACCUUGCAACGCCUCUGCGAGACCUUGCAAGACGGAGGGCACGAUGCAGCCGAGCGUGCCUGUGCUGCUGGCACGGUAGAGGUGUCACUUGGGCUGCUGCGUGCAUGCGAAGGUGGAGCGCCUCUCCUAGUUCGCACAGUGGAAGCCUUGUGGUACAUGGCCGAUGACUACGAGAGUUGCCUGAAGAUUGUGGAUCUGAAUGGCCAUCAGCUUCUGUGCCAGCUGGCCCGGGAGCAUGGUCAGGAUAACCCGGAUGCAGCAGGAGGUAUCUUCCGGCUGUUGGCUGAGACGUUGUACACCGAGCCGAGGUCCUCGCGUCUCUGGGGAGAUGCACUGGAUGCCAACCUCUUGGUCGCAGCAGUCAACUGGGCCGUCCAGCAAGCAGGCUGCAGCGACCCAGGGUGCUCCACGACUCUGGGGUUUGUGUGUGAUGUCGCUGCGCUGUGGUUGCAACGUGUUCCUGACAAGGAGGCUGCAAAGCCGUUGAUAAGCAUUGUCCCACAGCUGCUGAAGAUCAUGGCCUUUCGCUUGGACGAUGUGUUGCUGCUGCAGCAUGGCUUUCGCUUGUUGUGGGCUUUCGCUCACAAAUCGACAGAGUGGCCAGAGGCUCUCCGACAACCGACAAUAUCCGCCCUGCAGCAGCUGCGAGUAUUGGUGGAAGCCAGGCCGUCCGCAGCACCAAAUGCUAUUCACUACAACGCGAUGGCCUUGCAGGCGAUUUGUGGGCUCGCGCCAUGCGCGGCAGCGCAAACAAGCCUGGGUUUGGACAGCAUGGAUUGA